AAGAGUGCCCAGCGUUCGCCAGGAGAUCUAGCGCCCACGAGUGGUUGGAUAAAACUGUCACGGGUCUGUCUGUUCUCUCCCUCGCUCCUGCGAAAGAUCUACAUACGAUCGGCGGCCGGGAUAAAGCGGUGGUGUUUGAAAGUUGAUUUUUAGGAAAAAAAUGGAAAUGUAAGAGAAAAUAGAGAGAAUUAUAAGACAAAAAGGAAAACUAAAUCAAUGUUGCAUAACCUUACACGCACGAGAUGCUGUAAUAGUGCUCCCUGUAGACCUGCUAUGACGCACACGGUGCCUGUUUUGCUUUGAUGUGACCGAUUUCGCACAAUCGCCGAAAGCACGGAAUAUAUUCGUCUGCCAGUCAUCGAGCGAGCCGGUUGCCAAGGAAACAUGACAAGAAAGGCCGGCGUGACACAGUGUCAGAGCCUUGCAAAGUGUCAACAUUGCAGAGUGAUAGUGUUGAUCUUGACCCUGAGCGUGGCGACGGGGGUGCCCGAGGGGGAUGAGGUGUGGGCAGUGCAGUUGGGGAGGGAGCACGUAGGGGACGCCCCCCGCGUGGCCGAGGAGCUGGGGAUGACCAUCGUCGGGAGGGUUUUUGAUAACGUGUUUCUCCUCCGAGGCGAGAACGUAAGGGGGAAGAGGGGAGAGGAGGAGGGGAGGCUGUUGCACCCGAAACUGGAGUGGUCGGAGAGGCAGAUGGGGCGGCGCAGGAGCCCUCGCUUCGAGGAGGACGCAGGCGGGGGAGGGGAGGGCGGCGUGGCCGAGGGGCAGGGGGGCGAGGCAGGCUUGAAUCCCCAUGCUCGAGGCAGAAGGAAUGUCGAUCUGAAGCCCCCUAAGUCCCCGUUCGACCUCCUGAAGACACAGGACCCGCUACGCUGGCGCCAGUGGUACCUGGGAGACGGUGAGGGCAUGUUCCUAAACGUGACGGGGCUGUGGUCGCAGGGCGUGCGCGGCGGCGGCGUCAGCGUCGCCAUCCUGGAUGACGGUGUCGAACUCACCCACCUGGACCUGGCCCUGAACUACGACCCCGCGGCGUCGUGGGACCUGCUCGACGCGGACCCCGACCCGACGCCCGUGCCCUGGUCGCGCCACGGCACGCAGCUGGCUGGCAUCGUGGCGGCCACCCACAACAACGGGCUGUGCGGCAUGGGCAUGGCGCCGUGGACGGGCGUGGGCGCCGUGCGGAUGUUGGGCUACGUGGUGUGGGACGCCGUGGAGGCGGCGGCGCUGUCGUACGAGCGCGACCACGUGGACGUGUACCUGGCAGCAUGGGGCCCCGUGGACACGGGCGCCGUCAUGGAGGGGCCCGGCGGCCUCGCCGACAGGGCCAUGCGGGAGAGCAUCGUGUUGGGGCGGAAGGGGCGCGGCUCCAUCUACAUCUGGGCGUCGGGCAACGGCGGCUUCGUCGGCGACGACUGUAACGCCGACGGCUACGCCAACUCCGUGUACACGCUGACGGUGAGCGGCAGCACGAGGGACGGCCGCCCGCCGGACUACGCCGAGACGUGCGCUGCCACCUUCGUGUCCACGUACAGCGGUGACGCCGACCCCGAGUACCAGCCCGGCGAGCGCGUGAACGGCAUCGUGACGACCGACACCGGCGGCGAGUGUACGGAGUCGUUCCGCGGCUCAUCCGUGUCGGCGGCGAUGGUGGCGGGCGCCUGCGCGCUCGCCCUCGACGCCAACCCGGAGCUCGGCUGGCGCGACAUGCAGCACCUGAUGGUGAAAGCGGCCACGCCGCACAACCCCCUGCCGGAGCACUGGAAGACCAACGGCGUCGGGCUCAUGUACUCGCACUACUUCGGCUUCGGCUCGCUCAACGCCGGGAAGAUGGUGGCCCUCGGCAGGGCGUGGCAGCCGGUUCCCCCGGCGUUCCGCUGCCUGGCGCUCGCCUCGCACCACAAUAUUACACUCGUCCCCGACAGUGUGUUCGUUCUGCCUCUCACCAUCUCCAGCUGCCAGGUGGUGCAGACCGAACACGUGCAGGUAAACAUCACGAUCAGUUCUACUAAUCGCGGUCAGCUCGAGAUUGACCUGGAAUCUCCUUCGGGGACGACCUCCAAGCUGCUCCCAAAGCGGCCGCUCGACGUGUCGCCCUACGGAAUCAACCGGCACCCGUUCCUGAGCGUGCACAUGUGGGGCGAAAACCCGCGGGGCACGUGGAAGCUACGCGUCGUCUUCCACAAGUCCAACAUCCUCGAGCCAUUCGGGAAGAAGCUAUUCGUGGAUGUGCCCAACAUGAUGCUCAACUGGUCCCUGGUCGUCCACGGCACCGAGGUCCCCUUCUCGGAGGCGACGCCUUACCACUACCACUUCAACAGAACGCAGCUGGCCGAGGCGCUGAGGGUACAGAGGACCCAGCGUCGGUCCCGCGGCGGCAGGAGGGCGCGAGAGAAGCAAGGCGCUGGGGAUGACUCCUUCUGGAUACACACUGACCACUGGACGUCAGCGUCUGACAAGGGCGAGAAACCCCAUUCGUUCAUACUCUGCAAAGUGGUGUCAAGCUCGCCUGCUCGCGUCAGCAGCAUUACUUGGCACGAUGCCAGCGGCGGGGUACCUCGUGACGUCAUCAAGCGCCUCGCCGGUAGAGGUGCCUUAGGGGAUAAAUUCCCGGCACUGCUUCUGGUGAGGGAAACUGCCGACUUCAAGGGGAACUUCACAUGCCGCGUCGUUUGUGACGGGAAGGUAUUCACGAAGUCGAUGGACGUCCUGAGUAACCUGUCCUCCGUCCCUCUCGCGAUGGAAACAACCCAAGUGGCACUCGAAGGAGCGGACGCCAGGCUGCCCUGCCACGGCCUCCUGCCCUUCGUCAGGGGGACAUGGACCAGAAACGGCAGUCGCGUGAAGACCUCUGGACGAUUCACCGUCGCUGAGGACCACCUAGCGAUCGCGGCGGUGCAGGAGAGCGAUGCGGGCGUGUACGAGUGCCACACCCGCGCCCCCGUCCUCCGCUACAACCACACGGCGCGUGUCACGCUCCUCCUCGCCAACGGCACCACCACCCUUAUCACCCACUACGCCAUCACGACGCAGCCCCAACCGACCGUCAUGCCGACGCCCCCCCUGUGCACCCGCCCCCAGGAGGACCUCGAGGAGGAGGAGGAGGACCAGGGACCUACCAGCUGCCCCAGUCCGUACGUCCUCGUCGGCAGGCACUGCGUCAUGGUCGCCGAGGGGGAUGGCAAGACCUGGCAUCGAGCGCGAGUCCUGUGCCACCGCCAGCGGGGCGAACUGGUCAAGGUGCACGACGCCGCCUUCAUGCUGGCACUCCUCCAGUUCCUGCGGGUCAAAGGCCUGACCGAGUCCUCCUUUUGGGCGGGCGGGCUGAGGACGGGCGCCAAGAAGUGGAGCUGGGUGGACGGCACCUCCGUGGACCUGAAGGAGCCCCAUUGGUACCUCUCGCCCGUAGGACUCCCGGAGGAUAUCCCGCUCUCUCGCAAGGGCGGCGAGGAGGCGGCGACGGAGAAGGAGGCGCCAGCGAGGAAGACAUUCAACCGUCCAGCCGUCCUCAACCUCGGGGAGAGACCGUCCCCCGUUCGCGCAGGCUCGGCUAAAGGACCUCGCCCUAAGACCCGCGCAGGAUCCUCCUCCAGACGAAGGCGCCGCCGUCCCAAGAAGGAUUCUCAGACGCGAAGGGCCAGGGGAUUCGUGCGCUCGGAUGACGUCACGGCUCCUGUUGGUACUAGUGACGUCACCGUGAUUGAUGACGUGUUCAUGGACGAUGACGUGGCCUCACUUGAAGAGGAAUAUUUGGAUGAUGGGGUUAAUAGAACUGAUGGCGUAGAUUAUGACAUACCUGAUGAAUACCUGGAUUAUGACGUUACUUUGACCGAUGACACAGACGACAUUUAUUGGACCGAUGACGUAAACUACGACAAUUACGUUACUUGGACCGAUGACAUAGAUGAGGAUUAUGACGUCACACACCCCAACGAACCAAUCAGCACCCGGGAUGAUGACGUCACACACACCAACGAACCAAUCAGCACCCGGGAUGACGACGUCACACACUCCAAAGAACCAAUCAGCGCGCGGGAAUCCCCAGCCGAAGACCUAUCCGACAGAGACCAAAGGGGCGCGUCUAUCCUGCUCUCCGGUCCGCGGGCGUCCAGCAACCCCGUGAUGGCCCUGUCACACCAACGGGCGGCGUGCAUGUGGGCGGACCUAGGCCACUUCCUCGCCUCCUGUUCUGUGUUGCAUAAUCUUAUUGCAAUUUGCGAGUACACGCCCCAGGAAAUCUGAGACAUGCGGGCGUUAUGGUUGGUCGGGCUAGAACAAGCGCCGUGCAAUAUUGGAGGUUAAACAGCCGUUCAGUUCACUUCGAAUCAGCGUCGUCGGUAAUUAGGUUAUGAUCAAUUAGGAAACCCUAUUAUCAGACUGCAAAAUGACCUUGGUGCGAAUCAUGUAGGUUUUUUUUUUUUAAAUGAAAACGUGUGGGUCAAAAAUUCAAAAUCCAAAAGGUGUAGGCUACAUUUUAAAACUGGAAAAUGAGAAUAAAGAUAAAAAUAAUAACUAUGAAUACUUCUGAUGCAUAGCUUGAAAGAUUAUAUCUUAGAAUAUAUAUAAAUCUAGCAAAACUUAGAAAAUCAAAGACAAAGAAGGGUAUUGUGAUGUAUAGAUGUUCACUUAAUGCUUUUACUUAAUAACAUCAACAUGUAAUCACAUUAUGCAUAUGAUUUUUACAACGAAUAUAAUAAACAGAAAAAAAAAGAAAAAAAAAAAGAGAAGAAGAAAACGGAUAAAACAAAAACAAAAAGAAAGACACCUAUAGGAACAAAUAUAUACAGAGUAACAUAAUAAAAACAAGUUAUGUAUAUCCUAUAAACGGUCUCCACUGUAACCUAUGCUGUACUUCACGAACAUGUGUACGCGAGUAACAAAUAUAUGUAUUUUUCCUCUUUUC